GUUUAUUAUUACAGAUAUUACAAUUACAAUUACAAUUUGGUCUGUCAGUCGGAGUUGCAGAGACAGACGAUGACGUUGGAGAAGGACUUGCAGAGUCACCACCUAGAAGAAGAAGAAGAAGAAGAAGAAGAGCAAGCGCGGCAAAUUCAUUCGGGAGUUGCAGCAGCAGCAGGGUGGGAGCAUAAAAGAUUGGGGAUGGAAGAAGAGUUGAGCGAAGUGGGAUGGUUCAUUCUGGGCGAAAAUCAACAGCAUGUUGGUCCCUAUGCAUUCUCGGAGCUGCGGGAGCAUUUCUUAAAUGGCUACCUCACCCUCCAUACGCUCAUCUGGGCUCAAGGAAGAAGCGCAUGGCAGCCACUCUCCUCCAUUCCCGACCUCGUCACUGCAAUAUCCCAUCACGACCAAGUAUCUCAUGUUUCAACCGCAGUGCCCCCAAUCCCAACUGAUGAUGAGGACGACUUCGACAAAUGGCAGAAGCAUGUAUGCGAGGCAGAACAAGCAGAUAGUGACAGACCUUCUACGCCCCCCGAGGGAGAGGAAGAAUUCACCGAUGAUGAUGGGACAACAUACAAGUGGGAUCAGGGUCUUAGGGCUUGGGUUCCCCAGGAUAGCGCUUUCGGGGUAGAAGAUAUGACUUUUUUGCAGGAAGAGGAAGUUUUCCCAGCUGCCAAUUUUUCUGAAGCCACCGCAAGUGAAGAGGUUAAUGCACCUGUAAAGGCUUCCAAUCCCUCUAAAGAAGAUGAUAUCAAUGGUAGCAGUGAGUUAGAAGGCAAUCAAAGUUCUAAGAGGAAAUUGUCAGAUAAGGAAGCUGACAAGAAGGAAGCUAAUAAACCUCCUGAAAGUUGGUUUGAGCUGAAGAUCAACACGCAUGUUUAUGCAACCGGAUUGCCUGAUGACGUCACAGUCGACGAAGUGGUAGAGGUGUUUUCCAAAUGUGGGAUCAUAAAGGAGGAUCCUGAAACAAAAAAACCUCGUGUGAAGCUGUAUGUUGACAAAGCAACUGGAAAGAAAAAAGGAGACGCACUUGUUACUUAUAUGAAGGAACCAUCGGUUGUUUUGGCUACCCAAAUUUUGGACGGAACACCUCUACGCCCUGGUGGCAAGGUUCUUAUGUCGGUCACCCAAGCCAAGUUUCAGCAAAAAGGGGACACAUUUGUUACCAAACAAGCAGACAACAAGAGGAAAAAGAAACUGAAGAAAGUGGAAGAGAAGAUGCUUGGCUGGGCCGGCCAUGACGAUGGAAAGGUGUCAAUUCCAGCUACUGUUAUUCUUCGCUACAUGUUCACUCCUGCUGAAAUGAGGGCAGAUGAAAAUUUAGGUCCAGAAUUGCAGGCGGAUGUUCAGGAGGAAUGUGUGAAGCUUGGUCCGGUGGACUCAGUGAAGGUUUGUGAGAAUCAUCCCCAGGGAGUUGUUGUGGUCAGAUUCAAGGAUAGGAAUGAUGCUCAGAAGUGCAUAGAAAUGAUGAAUGGGCGAUGGUUUGGCGGUAGACAAGUACAUGCAAGUGAGGAUGAUGGUUUAGUUAACCAUGCUUCUGUCCGGAAUCUGGAUGAGGAUGCUGCAAGGUUAGAGCAGUUUGGUGCCGAACUUGAAGCUGAAUGAGUUUUUAUCAAUGCUCAAUAGUUAUGUCAGUCAUACAUCUGAAUUAAUACUCCUUGUAAAAAGAUCCAGCAUCCGAUGCUCGUUUACUGUUUGUAGAAUUUGUUGUCACGGGAUUUAUGAAUUUGAACAGGGCUGAAGGUAUUUUAGUCGGAUCUUGUAGGUUGAAAUACCCUUAGUGCUUAGAAAGCAAGGAAGCGUUUCUGAAACUGCAAGUAAUGUUGUAUAUUCUGUCUAAUUAAGGUCUUUGCUGGUAACUAACUUGGAUACUUAAGUUUGUUGUCAUUUUUCGAUUAACUUAAUUGUUUCAUGA